GUACAAUGUGCAAGUAGUUGCGUUACUGUAAUUUUGACUCAGCCUUCGAAGAGUUUAAAGAAUAGCUGUGUUCCUAGUUUCACUGAAACUGAUGUCCGAAGAUAUCUCCAAUCGCUUAAUUCAUCCCAAUGUUUAGGACCUGAUGGUAUCCCAAACCUUUUUAAAAAAUGUGCUGACGUCCUAUGUUAUCCAUUCACGACUAUCUUUAACAGAUCCUUCUCAUCUAAUCUCAUAGCGAAAAUGUGGAGAAAGAUGAAGAUAAUCCCUGUACCCAAGAAAGUAUCUGGCGAUACGAAUGUGAAAUUUAGACCUAUUGCAAUAACUUCACCCUUCCUCAAAACAAUGGAAAAAUUAUUAAUACUUACAAUUCAGCCUGCGAUAAAAGAGCAUAUUGAUCCAUAUCAGUUUGCUUACAGAUGCAAAAGAAGCACCUUAGAUGCUGUUGCUGUUCUGCAUUACAAUAUAGUGUUCAACUUAGGAAAGGAAAUGAAAGGUCAUUCCAAUUCAACGUUGCCUCCGGGAUCAGUUCUAAUACAAUCUGGUCAGGCCAUUUCUCAGACUUCUGGCAUAGCCACUCUCCAAACUAACAGUGUCACAAGUGGUCCACAGAAUCUCCAAGUGUGGACUCCGUCACCAUCUGGAGCUAUUACGGUUUCGGGUAUCCCAUCAUCAAGGAGUUCUGCCAACUUGGUUACUCUCCCCUCUGGCCAGACUGUAUUGAUGGCCAAUUUGGUAACAACGGCUACCACAGCACCGAUUUCUCUUUCAACAUCUUCAAUUGCUAAACAACAAAUCCAAGUUCCAACGGGUCUUCCACCUGGUGGGCCCAUUGUCAUAUCUAAUCCCAAUUCUGCUGGUCCACUUGCUACACAGCUCACGAAUCCCACUGUCAUACAAGGUCCUAACGGUCAAAUGUCAGUGGCAUUACCAGGUGGCAUAAUAAGUAGCAAUACAUUAAACUCAUUCAAUAGUUCAUCCACUGCCUUUGUUUCAAGCACAUUGGGAAACAUAUCUACCGAUCAACCUGUACAUAUCGCUCAGAUUGUUGAUAAUCAUUUGCGUCCAGGAACGGCUUGUUUCACAACAAAUGCUGGCUUUCAGGGAAUAACACCUAUGAAUCAAGUACUUUUGGACUCAACAGGUUUUAAUCUUGGCAGUGCUCAAACACAAAACAAGUUGAUUAAUAUGUCGUCCAUCAGACCUCCUGGACUUGUGUCUUCUCCCAUGCAACCAGUUCACCCUGGUAAUUCGUUCGCUGCAGCUGCAAAUAUUCCUAGAGGUUUGUCUGUCAACCUUUCUUCUGACAUCACAAAUUCGCAGUCAAAACCAUCAGUUUCUCAACCAGUCAUUGUCUCUACUUCAAAUUUGCCUGUUCAAGAAGCAGCUAUAUAUCCAGUUCAAGAUGAAUGCUCAUCGGCAAUGCAAAAUGGUACUCCUACUUCGGGUCCAGUUACAACAUCUGUGGUUGAUGUUAGCUCAACUAACAAUCCAUCUAUUUCAACUGCUGGAGUUACUGUCGUCGAAAUACCUUGCUCACCUGAAAAUGAUCAAACAAAUCUCAACUCAAAGUGCAUCACUGAUGAGCAAACCAAUUCCGUUUUCACAUCAAGUUCCUUAUCUGAGUUGUUAACUGAAUUUGAACCUCAUUUACAACUAGAUCCUGAUGUUGAAGAGGUUAUAACUAAUUUAGCUAAUGAAUUUAUUGUAAAUUGUGCAGAAAAAGCUCAACAACUUGCUUCACAUAGGGGUAUAUCAAAUGUUGAAGCAAAAGAUGUUGUAUUUUGUAUGGAACGUGAUUGGAAUGUUAUUGUCCCGGGUUUUGCUACUGAGGAACGAAUUGUACGUAAAAGUUUCACAACUGAAGCACAUAAACAGCGCUUAGCUUUAAUUAAAAAACAAAUUAAAAAAAUGUGAAUAUAUAUCUCUUUGUACAUUCAAAAUUCUCCUGUUUUCUACGUCUCCCCUGUGUAUUACACUUAUAUUUAUUUAAUUCUGCCUUCUGUUGACUUUUACUUCUUUAGUGGGGAAAACUAUUUCUUUUUUAAAUAAAAAGAUUAUUCAAUGUAAAUUAAAUUGUUUUAUAUCAUGGUAAUUAUUAUGUAGUUUAUUUUGGGUGACAGAUUUCAUUUCUUUAAAUUGAUAUGUUACAAAAUACCUGAUUGGUAUUGAAUUACUCUUAUGUACCAUGGUCUAAUACAUUUUCCAAGCUAGAAAAUACGAUCAAAAUUAUUUGCAUGAACCAGUUUUUGUUUUUCAAAUCAACAUUAAACAACUGUAAAUUAUCUUUAAAUUAAAUAAGAUAAUUUAGAAAAUGUCA